GAUAUUAACGUUUAAAAAUAGCUAAAUAUGCGCGUCCGCCCGAUCUAUUAUUGUCGAAGACCCACCAAGCGCACGGCACGCCUGCUAGGCUAUUCCCACUCCUCGCGGCCCGCGCGCCGGGCACCCAAUGGGCCUUUGACAAUGGUACCUUUGACAAUAGUAGAGCGGGUGGACGCGCAUAUUCGACUAUCUUUAAACGUUAAUAUCUCGUUAAUUAUUGCGAGCAUUGCAAAAUAGUAGAGGAUUUUUUUAUUUAGAGUCCGCUCUACCUGCUCGAAACGAAUGGGGUCAUAUAUUCUUGCCACCCUGUAUGUAUACUUUCUACAAAAGCCUAUAGCUAUAUAAUACGAUGAAAGUUGUAGGGUACGGGAGUGGUGGAAUACAGUAAUAUAGCGCAUCUCGAUUUUAAGGCAUACAGUUUGGUUUUUACAUUGUUAUAAGAUAUAUUGAAUAUGGUUCAACAAAAUUCAAGUGUAUCUCUGCCAACAGGGCAACAAAUGCCCAUUUUAGGAUUUGGAACAUGGCACGCAAGCGGAGAAGAACUAGAAGCAGCUCUGGAUGCAGCUCUGGAAAUGGGAUACAGGCAUAUCGAUACGGCUGCAGUAUAUGAAAAUGAACGUUUUAUUGGUAACGUCUUAAAAAAAUGGUUGGAUUCGGGCAGGAUUAAAAGAUCCGAUCUGUUUAUUGUGACAAAGGUACCUCCUAAUGGAAACAGAUCUGGUGAUAUAGAAAAGUGGCUGAAAAGAUCGCUUCGUAAUUUGCGUUUAGCCUACUUAGAUUUAUAUCUUGUGCAUACUCCAUUUGCAUAUCAAGAUGCUGGAGAAGAAUUUCAUCCUCUUAAUGAAGAAGGAGAAAUAAUGAUUGAUACUGAUACGGAUCAUCUACAAAUUUGGUCGGCAAUGGAGAAUCAAGUGCUGGAAGGACGUACUAAAGCGAUUGGAUUAAGCAAUUUUAAUAUAACCCAAAUAAAAAAAAUAUUGAACAACGCUAAAUUACCUGUUUCCAAUGUACAAAUAGAAUUACAUGUUCAUUUCCAACAGAACAAACUGAUGAAGUUUUGUCAGGAGAACAACAUCAGUGUAACGGCGUACGCUCCUUUGGGUUCACGUGGAUUUGUUGAGAAAAUAGGAAAGGGAGACGUUGUGCUGCACUCAUUAAAAAACGUAACUGUAUUAGAAAUUGCGGAAAAAUACGAAAAAACAUCUGCACAAAUAUUACUUAAACACAUAAUUCAAAAAGGUAUAGCGACUAUACCAAAAAGUGUUGAUCCUUUGAGAAUUAAAGAAAAUAUUGAAUUAUUCGAUUGGGAACUCGAAGCUGAAGAUGUUAACAAGUUAAAUGCUUUGGAUAUGGGCGAAUCUGCACGCGUGUGUGAUUUCAAGUCAGGUUUUUUUAAAAGUCUAUCAAAGCAUCCAGAAUUUCCUUUUUAAGAUUAUCAUAUAGGCUAUCCCGAAAUUAGGUAAUGAAAAUACUAUAGCAAAAGAGGUUUCAAAAUAUUAAGUAAAAAAUUAUUUGUAAAUUUUUAUUUUGGUCUGAACAGUAGUUUUUGAGAUAAUAAGAAUUUAAAUAUGAUCAAUUACAGACUGCGUUUAGAUGACCAUCUGUUCUUGAAUCAUGCUUACGAUAGUAGCUCAGCAAGCGCUGUCAAGUGCGUAUUUCUUAUUAAUAUUAAAUCAGGUAAUCAUUUAAAGAUCUACAAUUGGCCAUAUUUAAAUCUUUAUAUUUCAAAAACUACUGCUAAAAAAAAUUU